AUGGGCAGCAUCAGGACUGAAAUCCAGUCCGACAAAUUUCGCAUUGGCGUUGAUGUUGGAGGUACCAACACCGACGCCGUGCUUAUCUCACUGUCGCCAACGCAGAUAAUCGCUUCACACAAGGCGCCGACCUCGCUAGAUGUGACCACUGGGAUCACGGAGGCGGUCCGCGCUAUCAUCGAAUCAAGCAAUGUCCCAUUAGACUCUAUCAGCUGCGUUAUUAUCGGGACUACCCAUUUCGUGAACGCUGUUGUGCAGAGAUCGUCGGAGCUGCAACGCGUCGGAGUCGUUCGACUUUGUGGAGGUAGCACAGAUGGCUUUGGCCUCGGUGUGCCGCCGUUCGUUGACUUCCCCAAGGAUCUGCGUCACUUGAUCGCCGCGACGCCAUACUUUUGUCAAGGCGGGUACCAGAUAUCAGGUACUGAGAUCUCGCCACUCGAAAGUAGCGAGAUAAGGCAAGUUGCAGAAAAGUUGGUUAAUGAUGAGAUUUUUGACGUUGUUGUUUCGGGCAUUUAUUCGGCCUUGAAUCCGGAACAAGAAAUCAAAGCCGAAAAGAUCCUUCUUGAAAGAAUGGAAGAGCUCUGCGCCGCUCGCAAUCUCUCGGUUCGGCCGAGAGUCACUCUGUCGCAUCGUAUAUCGUCCUUGGGGUUCCUUGCGCGGGAAAAUGCAGCGAUACUCAACGCGACCUUGAGAAGGCUCGCUGAAAGGACAAUCUAUGGGUUUCAGAAAGCCGUGCAAGAGAUUUUCCAGGGUAACACGUGCGCAUUAUAUUUGACCCAGAACGAUGGCAGUGUUUUAAGUGCACCUGAUGCCAUUGACCUACCCAUCAGGACCUUCAACUCAGGCCCGACGAACUCAAUCCGUGGUGGCGAAUUUCUUUGGAGUACUGCCAGCAACGAAGCAGGCAGGAGCCAGCCUGUGCGCGAAGAUGCCCUUGUGGUGAUCGAUAUUGGCGGAACAACAUCUGACAGUGGGCUGCUCCUACCCAAUGGCCUACCUAGAAUGAGUUCUGUGAUGAGCCUUGUGGGUGGAGUUCGCACAAACUUUGCAUUACCAGCGGUCGAAAGUGUUGGACUCGGCGGGGGAAGUAUUAUCAGAGGAACCGACUCGGGUCUCACUAUCGGACCUGAUAGUGUGGCUCUCGACCUACUGCGAAGGGCCCGUCUCUUCGGGGGUGAUGUUCUGACAGCAACUGAUAUCGUAGCUGCAUCUGAGCUCCGUGCUCCCACUGGUAACAAUCCUUUGGAGGGACUUGGGAGCCCGGAUCUCCUGGGAGAACUCACGGCGGAGACUAUUAGUGCGGCGAAGAAUAGGAUGCGCCAGACUAUUGAAGAGCUGGUAGAUAGGACUAAGGUACAGAAAGGGGAUAUCGAUGUCUUGAUUGUUGGAGGAGGCGCCAUAGUCGUCGACACUGAUAGACCCCUCUCGGGGGUUCGCGCUGUUCGCAAGGUCAAAGGCGGAGAGGUCGCCAAUGCUGUUGGGGCAGCGAUAUCGAGGGUGUCGGGGGUUGUGGAUACGGUGGUCGAUACGUCACAAAAGCCCCUUAAGGAAGCACAAAAGGAAGUGUCCAACUUAGCCAUUGACGCAGCUGUCAUGAAUGGAGCACAACGUGACACUGUCGAAAUAGCAGAAAUUACCGUACUCCCAAUACAGUACGUCGACGCCAAGGCACGAAUCCUGAUCCGAGCUGUUGGGGUGCUUGACGCCGUCAAACAGAAUAAAGAGGGAGCAACGGAACUGUCUCCCUUGCCAGAGACACCCCGCCAGAAAGUCAAGGAGACUGCAACUGUUGGAUCAAACCCAUCGGGCACCCCUGAAGUAGUCGACAUCGAGACAUACAUACCGAAGGUUCAAAACAGAGAGUGGAUCAUUUCAAUUACAGAUCUCAAAUGGAUUGCGGAAGGCUGCAAGGUGUUAGGGUGUGGGGGUGGUGGUGAUCCCUAUCAACAAUACCUCAAAAUCAAGUCAGUCCUUGAAAAGUCCCCAGAGAGUAUCAGAGUUGUAUCGCCCACAGAUCUCGCUGAGACAGCGAUGGUUGGAUGGACGGGCUGCCUUGGAAGCCCUGAGGUGAGUGUGGAGCGCAUGGAAUCGAACGAGUGCAACAAGGCUCACGACGAGCUGACUCGAGUCGUGGGAUACCCACCCGCCGAUGCUUUCAUGGCUCUGGAGAUUGGCGGCGCAAAUGGUAUUGUCAAUCUUGAGGUCGCUGCCGCGCACGGGGUGACUUGUGUCGACGCUGAUUUCAUGGGGCGUGCCUACCCGACAGACUGGCAGACAACUGCUAAUGUGUAUGGGGAUGGGCAAGGAGGCGGACUCCUGCCAGCGACUAUCGCUAGUGGCGAUGGGUCGUUCAUGACCAUGACAGGCUCUCGGACAGACAGGUUAGUUGACCGAGCCCUUCGCGCAGCCGUUGUAGAGAUGGGUUGUCGAGCCGGAAAAGCAGGGCCGCUUAAAUCAGCCAAAAUGGUCCAGGAACAGGCCAUAUUGAACACUGUCUCGUUGGCCUGGCUGGUUGGUCGUUCCAUCGCACUUGAGAAGAAUGUAACGGACAAGGCCAAGCGGAUCAUCGAAGCAGUUGGUGGUUCUGAGAGCGCAAGGGUCCUAGCCGAAGGAAAGAUCACCAGUGUUGAGCGCGUGCUCAAGACUGGACAUACAUAUGGGAUCGUGGAGAUUGACGGCGUGCUGGAGGAUGGUUCAAAAGCCAUCAUCAAGAUUCCUUUCAAGAAUGAGAAUGCGUUUGUCGAGGCGACCACGGCAAAAGAUGGCAAAGCAUCGAUCCUAGCCGCUGUCCCAGAUUUGGUUGCGGUACUUGAUUCAGAAACAGGAACUGGAUUGGGAACACCGGAGUACAAGUACGGCUUGAGGGUGACUGUGAUAGCCAUCGCCGCCUCGCCCAGAUGGACCGACACUCCUCGGGGACUUGAACUAGGCGGACCAGGCUCGAUGGGCUUCGACGACAUCAAAUACGUUCCUAUUGGCAGGUAUAGCAAACCAGCGAGUGUCAUUGAGACGUACUCAUAG